GCAAUUUCAUAUUAAUUCGUACAAUGUGAAUCAUACAAAAAUUUACGAUUAUUAUGAAAAAAUUAAGCAUGAAGGUCAACCUUUAACCCUACCCCUAAACAUAGGGCGUAAGAAGAUCAUUCAAAAAAUUAAAAGAGAUUGUACGAAUUCAUACCAACUAUAGCCACCAAUUCACCAAAACAUAAAAUAGUAAUUAAUUACCAUGAGAUUAUGUCGAUAAUUACAAUUUAAUGUCAGAAACAAUAUAUUAUCUUACACUUUUUUAUAAAUAUGUCUGUAUACUGUAUGUGAAAACAUAUAAUGCAUUUAUAUUUUAGAAAGGGUGUUCCUCAUCUCAUAUUUUGGAAGUUCUUGUCAUUAAAAGUCUAUUUUAUACAUACAUCAUACAUUUUGUGCAGUUGACCUGAGCCAGACUGAAAUCAGAUUUCUCAUUGUCUGCACCAUCAUGAUUGAUGAAGGCUGGGAGUUUUGUACUGACAUCCCCAUGAUGAUGAUGAUGUGGAGAGGUCAGAAAAUUAAACAAGAUUAUGUUCAGUCUUGAGCAAGAGGAACAAUUGAUUUCUGUUUAAGUCAGAGUUGCACAAAUGAUUACUCAACAAGAAAAUCCUGCAGAGGGCAGGAAAAAUAUCUUUUGAUAAACAUUUUUGAUUCUAUAAUUUAGAUUUUAUAUAGUGUUUCUUCUCCUCUAAACGUUCCACAGUGUUUCUCUCAGGUAACUUUAUCUCUGAGUAGGUAGACAAAGAAAAUGGAGGGGGUGGGGUUAAGUCACCCCUUUCACUAACAUUUCAAGCGUUUGCUUUUGCAAACUUCAAACAAAUUUCAAGAUUAUCAAUGUUCAUGUUAUGCAUCUUUGAAACGCUUAAUUAUAAGCAUUGACUUACUUUGAAAUACGAGUUACAACUUCAGUGAAAUAGCUGGACUUCCCUCUUAUGUUGUACUUGAGUAUGUAAAGAGCACCUCCCCUUUAGGUUGGGUUUGGAGCGUUUGCUUUAUUCUGACUGACCUCAGGAGAAGAGGAAAGUGAAGCGGUCGCGUGAGACGCGCGCGCGUUUGACACAGUGUCAUGGUUUUCGGCGUGAAGCACUAAUUGACUGCAGAACUCCGCUCAUGCUUCGAGGUACUAGCUCAAUGUGACUUCCUGAAAGGUUACACACUCUGUCUGGGUAAAUCCUAUAUCUUUCGCUUUAACCAUCCCGAGGAGGCCAACCGUAUGAAAAGCAUGCUUCCUCAGAAGAGUCCCGUCUCUCCGCUGGUGUACAGCACAGAUUAUCUGAAGUUCAGCAGUGACUUCAGUCACUGUCUGGGCGGCUCUGGCUCUAGAGGGAUGCGCUCAGUCUCUGAGCUGCGGGAUUUGAUGGACACUUUACAAAAAAAGAAGCAGGCAUUGGAGAACAGCUUGCGAGCCAAUGGGGACUCAAGCCCCUCUUACUUCAGCAUGACGCAGUCUCCACCUACCACACCCAAUUUGCUGUCACCCGUCACUUCGUCCUCCCCAAUAUCAUAUCAGGAGCAAGCCCGCCGAUUGUACAGCCCUGAACGACCACCGCUUGUGGCCAGAGUGCCAAUGCAUUCAUCCAGCAGCAUGCCUCCGUCUCCUCGCUGUUCUGACCCUCGAGAUCGUGACACAUCACUUCCUUACUCUCGACCCAUGAGCCGGAACCAGUCUCAGGAUAGUCUGCUCCUAAAUUCGUCAGAUAGUCGCCAUGCUGCAACCUCAGUCUCAGGGCUCUCAAUGUGGAAUGGCUCGUCCACCAGCGCAACUGAUUCCCUCCCUCCAGCACCAGGGGGCGGUAGUGGUGCAGCUAGCAUGCCUUCCAGUCCCCGUCUGGCUCGCCGAUUCCACACCCCAGAUGCAGGACGUAACGGUGGACUCGAGCCUGUUCCACGGCAACGAAAGUAUUCCGCUGGGUCACUUACAGGAAUGAGCUCGCACAGUCGCUCCCUACCACGCCUCUAUCGACCUGCCGACACCCAGCUCACUCUUCACCCAAGCUAUCGGUCUCCUGACGGUCAUCUUUCACGCCCAACUGGCGCCUCUGAUCCCAACCACCAGAAUGGUCAUUCUGAAGUAGUCUCCAUUUCACUGUCCACCAGACCUGGUACCAAACCCACCGUAGCCCCUCCGGAUGUCACCAUGACAUCAGGAGAAGCCACCAGCCCCCGGCAGGCCAAGAAGGUGAGUUUGACUUCCACCAGCUCCUACUCAGAACUGGACAGGCAAGCCAUGCGUGGUCCCUCACCAGCUAUGGAGAUCGGUCUUGGGGAAAGGAGGCAGUCUUUCGGAAAGGCAGGGCUGGGUCCACCGACUGGCUUCAGGGAGAGAAAAGGCAGCAUCAGCUCUCUCAGUGGAAAGGAAGAGCUUCAAGACUACCAUCAGAGACAGAGAGAUGAAAGACUACGGGAACAGGAAGUGGAAAGACUGGAACGUCAGCGUCUGGAGACUAUCCUCAAUCUGUGUUCUGGGCUGGGUCGCGCAGAGCAGGACAAAACUGGUUUGGCUGUCGCAGACUUGCAGAAGAUCAACAAGGAGCUGGAGAAAUUACAGGUGUCAGAUGAUGAGUCCACAUUCUCAGACUCUGCAAGUCUCUCAGCCAGCAUUUCUGCUGAAAACGACUACGGGCUUAAAGCCCGGGAGACCCAGGUCAGCGAGGAGAGACGGGUACGGCAGUACAAGAACAGUGGACACAGAGAACUUAGGGCGGAGACAACAGCUGUCCUUGGCUCUGCCCCCACCCCUUCUCCUCGGAUGACACGGAUAAACAAGGUUUCUGAGGACGACACACAGCUGAAGCUGGACGUAAGACGUAUAGAGGAGGAGAGGAUCCAGGUUCUGAACAAUAUGGAAGAGUUGGAGCUGAAGAUCAAAGACCUGGACAACCAGAUGGAGGAGUCCAUCAGAGAGUUGGAAAUGGAGCGGGCUCUGUUGGAAGGAGAGCAGGAUUCGGAGACGACUCAGCUACAGCAGGAGAAAAAUACUCUGGAGCAACUUAAAGAAAAGAUGGCUGACAUCGAGAACAAAGCGCAGACGGAAAAAUCUCAGGACAAAGACAAGCUAGAUGCGGAGCGUGUAAAGUUAGAGCGACUGGCGCAUCUGCUUGCAGAGCAGAAGACUCAGUUGGACACCUGCCCCGAAGCCUUGAAAGAGCAACUUCAGCUGCAGCUCUGCAGGGAUGCCGAGACACUAGAGGUGGAGACCAAGCGUUUUGAAGACCUAGAGUUUCAACAGCUGGAACGAGAGAGUCGUCAGGAUGAGGAGAAAGAGACUCAGACUCAACACAUUCUCAGGGAGAUUGCAGAAUUCCAGCGGAGCACCGUCACACGGAAGGAGAGGCUCCUGGCCCUGAAGAAGCAGUGUACCCAGAUUUCCCAGCAGGCUCAGAGGGACAAGGACAACUUUGUGAAGGAAAAGAACAAUCUUCAGAUGAUGCUACAGCGGGAAAAGGAGAAUCUCGUCAAUUUGGAGAAGAAAUAUUCCGAGCUCACUGGGGCAUUGGGUUUCCCUCUUAGUCCCAUCAGUAUGAAGGAGGACUGUUUCCAGUUGGCCGACGUAUGUCCGCCUCAUAGUGAAUUUUGCCAUGCCCACAAAACCCUGUCUCCACUUCCUGCUGACCUCCUGAUGUUUUCUUCUCUUCUUUCCUCUUUGUCUAUCAAAAACGCUGAGGGCUAUGUUACAGUCAAUGAGAUCAAUGAACUGUACUCUCAGCUGGGGGUAGACCCCACCCCAGCCCCCCUCCCCACCCAAGCCCAGUCCUCCCCUGACGCCCCUGCAACAGGGUCUGACCCCAGCCCUGAUCCCAGUCCUGCAGAGAGCACUGUCCCACCAGGAGAGGGUGAGCUCUCUCCCUCUUCCUGUCCACUGUCCUCCUCCAUCCCUUCUUCCUCUUUCACUGCAUGCUCUCGUCCCAACUCUAAACCUCCCUCUGUGCACUGGCCUGAAGACAUGGUCACUUUUCUCAACCCUUCUCCUCCACCUCCUCCUCUACCUGCCAAAAAACAGCGCCGCCACAGGCAGCAUUUCCGCAACCUAGAGGAAAGAAAACGGUACGGUAAGGAAGGCGGAGCUCAUCUGAGUGACACUCUCCCUCGGAAGAAGACCCAGCCCACCAUAACCCCACAGUUCACCUGUGCCACCCUGGGUCGUAACAUACCCUCUAAAUCUCAUCCACCUUUAGCUCAAAGCUCCAGCUGUGGGAGUGUGUUGAAUCGAGCCCUUGCCAUCUCCCCUAAAGAGACACACAUGGAUACACACCGCCUGCACAAGGGCAAAUCUAAGAAAGGACACAGUCAGCAGCACAUUGGCGAGGAGCACAGAACGAGGUUGAGUGAUCUCGGAGGCCGCGCGUCCUCGCAGAACAACGUCUACCUAGACUCCUAUGGUUACCAAGACAACGGCCGUGCCUUCGACACGCUGAGUAUGGACAGCUCGGACAGCAUGGAAACCAGCAUCUCCGCCUGUUCGCCCGACAAUGUUUCCAGCGCCAGCACCUCCAACGUUUCGAGGAUGGAGGAGAUGGAGCGUCUUCUACGGGAGGCUCAGGCAGAGAAGCACCAGCUCCUGGAACACAGGGAGAGAGAGAUGGAGAGCAAGAGCAGGGCCCUUGAAGAGGAGAGGAGACGGCGAGAAGAGCUAGAAAAACGGCUGCAGGAAGAAACCACCAGGAGGCAGAAACUCAUUGAGAGAGAAGUGAAACUGCGUGAGAAACAGCGAGCACAGUCUCGUCCUCUGACACGCUACCUACCUGUAAGAAAGGACGACUUCGACCUUCGUGGCCACAUAGACUCGGCCGGCCACAACACAGAGACUUGUUACCACGUCUCCAUCACAGAGAAAACCUGCAGGGGCUUCCUCAUUAAGAUGGGUGGCAAAAUCAAAACCUGGAAGAAGCGCUGGUUUGUCUUCGACCGUAACCGCAGGACCCUAAGCUACUAUGCAGAUAAACACGAGGCCAAACUGAAAGGAGUGAUUUAUUUCCAGGCCAUAGAGGAAGUGUAUUACGACCACUUAAAGAGCGCCCACAAGAGUCCAAACCCUUCCCUAACAUUCAGUGUGAAGACUCACGAUCGGGUGUACUACAUGGUGGCGCCCUCUCCUGAAGCUAUGAGAAUAUGGAUGGAUGUUAUUGUAACAGGGGCGGAAGGAUACACUCAGUUCAUGAUUUAGAUGUUGUCUGCCUGCAGAGGAAUAAUAUGUGCAGUGUGUGGAUUUAAAAACCACCGGACUUGAUCUGCACUCUUUCACAUGCUGGUUUCAGUAUUGACUCCUGGACUGAACUUAUGUUAUUAUUUUGCGUUCGUGUCUGUUUUUCAAUCUCAAUCCACAGUAUUGAAGCGUUUAUCUUUGCUGCAUUUAUAUUUUUUUAUACAACAUGAUGGAAUGGAGCACAUAUCCUAUAAUUGUGUGCGUGUGUGUGUGUAUGUAUGGCUUUGUGUGUUUUGGUAUUUUGUCUGUCCGUUUGUGUGAAGAGAGAAAGACGUGUUAAAUGAUAUUCAGUGCCAGUGUGCUAUGUUGUGUGUGGUCUGUUUGCUACUUUGUGUGCAGGGCCUCAGGGACACACACAUUACGAUAUAAACAGCUGUUCUGCCAAAGAUGAAAUUCACAUUUACCACACGCUAUAGAGUUUAUGUAUAGAUGCGUGUGUUGGUAUUUGCCACGGUGCCUUCAGCUCUAUAUUAUACUGAAAUGCCUUUAUACUCAACAUUCAGAUUACUAGAAGGUGCUGUAAGACAUGCAUUUGUGGUUAAAAGCGAUUUUAACACUACAGUUAUUAAUUAUAAAAAGUCUCACAACUUUCAAAACAAUAAAGCUGCUUGCCAUUCAGGUAUUACACAGAUUCUAAAGGAUAAAACGUCCUUUGUUUUGAAUUAUGCCACAUAGAAACUAGGUUUUUAGUAUGUUUUAUAACACUUGAUCAUUUUAUCGCAAUGUAUAUGUAAGAUUUGCAUUUUUAUGGUCUGUAUUCAAUGCUUUCGGUCCAUUUUUAGACUAUGAUUACUUAUAUUUGGGUUUGGCCACAAGCCAAAUCAAAUUUUGAUUUGGCUUAUUUGUGGCUACAACAUAACAUAUGCUUAAUUUCAUACAGAUUGUGUAUUUUUAUUAGUAUAAGUCCAAUCUGAUACGGAAGUGUAAUUUCACUACCACUGACUAGCAGAAGGCGACAGCCAUCCGACAUGUGCUGAACAUGUUAGCCAUAAGCUUGCAUCUGUGAAUUAGACAGCGAGUAGUCUGUUUUGAAUAUUGUUAAUUCUCAUUUGAGAUGAAUAUUUAUACUUUUACCAUGCAUGCACCUUUAUUUUUGCAUAUGCCAAAAUAAAGCAGAUGUAUAUUGUU